AUGUCUUCUUCAACAGAGCAAAGAAGAGGAGGAAAAGAAAGAAAAGGUAAGAUGUUUGAUGAUAUAUUGACACGCAUUCUAGAUGGCUUGCAUAGUUUUAAGGUAAAGAUGUAUUUUUUAACAAAGUUAAGAAAAGGUGGAACUCAUAGAAAUAAUUCAUCAUCAGCAUCUUUUAUUGGUAGUAAUAUUGAUAUCUUAACACUCAUUCUAACUCGAAUACCAUCAAAACCUCUACUUGACUUCAAGUUCGUAUCAAAACAGUGGUGUUCUAUAAUCACUGACCCCCAAUUUGUUCACAAACAUUUCACUCAAAAUCUUAGAUUUUCAAUCCCAGUACUCCUCUGGGGCGAUGAUACGCUCCCUUCAACUUUCGAGUACAUCUCUCUUCAUGGAAAUACCAAUAGUUAUGUCCCUUUUCGAACCCGAUCUUUUACAGAAUAUAUACAUGGUAUAGAGAUUGUGCAAUCUUGCAAUGGCUUACUCAUAUGUAAAAGCUACUCGCUUAGCUUACGUGAUUUUACCUAUUACAUUUUCAAUCCUUCCACAAACAAGUCCAAAAUAUUACCUCAGUCUCAAUUGUUGAGAAGUAAUCACAGGUUUAUUGAUAGCGUUAGUUUAGCAUUUGAUCCAUUCAGAUCUCCGUAUUACAAAGUCGUAGCUAUCUGGACAGACCGUAGUACAAGUUGUUAUAAUUACAAAAUUGAAAUCUAUGAUUCUGAAACAUCCUCGUGGGAAUUUUCUGGAUUUUAUUCUUGUACCCUCCAACCUGAAAGUAUACCAAGGAGGAAAUCUGGUAUCUUUUGGAAUGGUUCACUGCAUUGGUGCCACCGAGAAGGGUCCAUGGUUUAUUUCAAUAUUGAUCGAGAGUUAGUAGGGGUAAUUCCUAUGCCACAUCCAGCUCGAGAAUAUGAUGCUACAAUGACUUUCAACAUUGCUGAGUAUAGGGGCCAUUUCUAUCGUACUGAGAUAAAUCGUGAAUUUGGCCGUCGUUUCAGCAUAUUCGAGAUGGAUGCUGCUAACUCUAGUUGGAAGCUGAAAGGCCAGGUUGAUGUGAGUUUAAAUCCAUACAACAGUUCCAUAUUCCUUCCUUACUCUGAUAGCAUCCUAUUCAUUAUUGAGAGAGACGAAGAUAAGGAGUCAACAAAGGUUAUGCUGCUAACAAAAGAGAGUAUGGUUGUCUCUUAUGAUUUCAAAGAUAUGAGGUUCGAGAAAAUUCAUGACCUAUCAACAUAUACAAACUUUAGGCAUAAUGUUAAAUUUCAUCAAUAUAUUGAGUCCUUAGCUUGUGUUUAG